AGCAAGCGGAAACUUUCUCUCGGAAUGCGCUUGCUGCGCCGCAGCAGGAGAGCGAGUUAGAAGUAAAGUUGAAAGUUAGGGCUAGUAUAUCACUAUUCCAUGAUGUAACUUUGUAAGUAAGUCAGCAUAUCAUUUGCAGUACCACACCAUGCUGCGGCAUUCUCCUUUGAAGUUGCCAUUUUUUGGGGAGGAAAGAGAACCCACGACUCAGCCACAGCGUUCAAUGUAGUGCAGUAUGAUACCAGGUCUACUUCCUGCUGUAAUAUAGAUAAUAUUCAAGAGUAAGCAGGGUUGGCGGGCCUGCCCUCGUGCCUUGUAGGCUGGCGCAUAAGAGUGGGACGGUUGGCAGCUGGUGGAGGUUUAUCUUACUUAAUUAAUCUUCGCCUCCUUUGCCCCUGGUUUUUUCUUCAUUUUUUAAUCGACGGGGUUUAGGCAAUUAGUGCGUGGCCGUAUAAGGAGGUUAAUGCACUCCACCCGUCGCCGGCAGGUACACCGGACAACACUGGGGUCACCCUUUCGGCGUUCUCGGAAUACAAAAAAAGAAAAGAAACUGACUGUGGAGGCACUCUGGUUGAUUGAUUGAUCCUCCCUCCUAGUGGCUACUCUAAGAAUGCGAAAAGACUAGAGCUGGAGGACACUGCGGCAAGAGUGAAGCAAUUAGCCAUCGAAACAGAGAGUGCGGAAAAGUUAGCUGAGGUGGUUGAGCGAGUGCGAGCAGCCGAAAAAGCGCGCGAGCUUACCCUGAAUAAGCUGGAAGCAGAGCAAGAGCGAGUAGAGGGACUGCAGGACAGGCGUGCGGAAAUAGCGGGGGAAAUUGAAGAGUGGG